AAGCAAAUUUCGCGGGCGACGAAUAAAGGCACAUAUCACAUCCGCCUACCGAUUCACAAAGAGGCAGAUUCGCAGUGUUGAUGACCUGCAUCGCCCAGAAGCCCGCGGCGCUUUCGCCGCAGCGUUUCUCGCCCUUCAGCGGCAGCACGAGUUCUCCGACCACCACCAACUUGAUGUCGGAGAAGGCGCCGGCCGGCCCGGCCGCCAUGACGCCCGCGGCACCCGCGCGCACUACCAUGACGGCGCCGGGCACCGCUGAACACGCCGCGGCCGAAAAAAAGGAAUUCGCGUCGUUGACGUCAAGAACGGUGGCGGGUCCGAACGCCCCAUCCAGGGCCGCCGGCGGCGCGCGCGCGCGCGACGCCAAGUCCAUGCCCAAGGCCACGGGCCGCUGGACCGCCGAGGAGCACGACGAGUUCCUCAAGUGCCUCGACAUCUACGGCCGCGAGUGGAAGAAGGUCGCCGAGCGCAUCACGACGCGCACGGCGGCCCAGAUCCGGAGCCACGCCCAGAAGUACUUCAAGAAGAUCGAGGCCGCCGGCGAGGGCGCCCCCAAGGCCGCGAAGCCCGCGACAACGCCGGCGGCGGCCGACGGCGCGCCCCAAAUCCCCGCGGAGACGCUGGCGGGGGCGCUCGGCGCGCUCGACGACAUGCUGCGGGCCCUGCGGUCGAAGCGCGCGCGCUACGACGACGAUCAAACGCCGAGCGAGGCCGCCUCCGAUGCUAGUGACGCGCCGCCGGUCGAGAAGCGGCCGCGCGCGGCGAGCGAGGGCCUCGUCAUUCCGCAGGCGAAGCGGUCGCGGGCGAACAGCGACGACCGCGCGCCGGGCCUGCGGCGCCGCGUCACGUGCGACGACCUCCGCGCGCUCGAGGCGCUCGAGCUCCUCCGCGAGGCCGCGGGCGGCGCGUUCUAGUGACGUGUUGAGCCGCUUCCGCGGCGGCGCGAUAGGCGCCGCCGCCCAUGUGACAUCCUGUGCCCUCCGCCAACGUGCCGGAAAGUCCGCACGUUUACCCCCCCCAAUGUACACACCGCUGUCGUGUAUUGUACACAUCCCCUGUCCGUAAUGACCAUUUCCCCG